AUGUCCAUGGCAUUGUUCACAGAUGAGAUGCUCUUCGCCUUCAUGGUCCCACUGCUCCCUCACAUCUUCGAGAACCGCCUAGGGCUAGACACAUCCCUUACCCAGCGAUUGACAUCUAUAUUUCUAGUUGAAGGGGCAUUUAUAUCUAUCAUCUCGAGUCCGUUUAUCGGGAAUAUAGCCGACCGAGCCAGCUCUAAGAAGGUUCUACUACUGGCGUUACUAGUACUGACGCUGAUCAGCGUGUUAUGUCUAUCAAUCACAACAUCCUUGACCUGGCUCUUCAUCGGUCGCUUCUUCCAAUGCAUCGUCAGUAACGCAUUAUACAUCGUCGGUAUGGCCACAAUGGCCGAGAACAUCGGGUCAGAACACAUGGGCAAGAUAGCAGGUUUAAGCUCAACACUCACAGCAGCUGGAACAUGCUCCGGUCCUGUCAUUGCUGGCUUUCUCUUCGGAAUCGGAGGAUAUUGGAUAGCAUGGGCUGGCGCGGCUUUAUUUCUCGUCGUGGAUAUCAUCAUGCGUCUACUCAUGAUCGAAAAACCACAGAAACGCCGCGAUACCGCUCGCAACAGCAAUGGCUCUAUAGGUGCUGACGAAUAUAUACCCUCGUCUGAAACAGAGCCACUUCUCAAUGGAGAUCACAAUGGAGAUCAGCCAUCGACUACCGAGGAAAUUGGCGGUUGGCGCUUCUACUUCUGCCUUUUUCGCCAGCCUCGCUUUACAGCGGGGAUAGUCUGUUAUUUUGUCUUUGCGCUUUAUAUUGCCAGCUUCGAGUCCACGAUCGCGAUGCAUGUCCGGUCCGCUUUUGGUUGGGGCGUUUUCCCGGUCGGGAUUCUGUUCGCGUCUAUACAGGGACCCGGGAUGGUCCUGGCUCCUCUUGUUGGGGUGUUGAAAGACCGUGUAGGAUCGAGAGUUCCUACUACCAUUGGGUUUAUCUCUGUUGCGCCUUUCCUAUGGUUUCUUGGUGUCGCUGGCGAUGGGCGCUUCCCGUGGGCUACUUCGGGAACUAGAGGGAAGGUCAUUUAUAGCGUCUGUACGACUAUGAUUGGGUGCUUUAUGUGCUUGCUCAUGGGAGUUGGGACGAUGGAAGCAACUGAAACCGUUGAUGAGUUGGAGGACCUGCAUCCCGGCAUAUUCGGUCCCUAUGGAGGGUAUUCUCGGGCUGUUGCAGUCACAAAUAUGAGUUGGAUGUCUGGUCUACUGGUUGGACCCAUCUUGGCUGGAUUUAUGGUCGAAAGAUUCGGGUAUUUUGAGCUGCAAUGUGUACUCGUGGUCAUUUCAUUGCUGGCUAGUGUCAACGCUGUCUGUAACCUCAGCUCAGCCAGUCCUCAAAAGAAAGAGUGUGACAGCGACAGUGGGAAUGAGGAACUCUAA